GGUGGAGCCUCCAGCAGUGACUGUGCGACAUUGCUUCUCGGACAUCCGCGACAUCGCAGCCACCCAGCGACAUCUCACCUACACCCAACACAACCAUAUCUACUCGUACCUUUAACCCUGCUACCGCCAUGGACUCGUUCGAAGCAGCCACCCAGUUCUCGCAGAUCCUCCGCAACCUCACGCCUGCCGUGCAGAACCUCACCAGAGCGGCACAUUUCGCCCUCAAGCACUCGGACAGCGAAGACUACCUCUUUCCCUCCAUCCUCGACAUCCUCAACGACCCGUCUGUGGAGCUCAACACCAAGUCCACGGUGUUCCAGUUCAUCGAGGUGCUCAUCAACGAGUCGUUCUACUACUCGCGCCAGCCCAAGUUCAACUACCCGUACAUCCAGAACCUCAAGACGUCGUUACCCAAAAUCAUGCUAGCAGUGUUGCCCACCACCAGCAACACCAACAUCUACAACGUAUACACCAGCUUGAAGAACUUGUCCAAGCACUUCAAGGUGGACUGCUGCGAGUUCGUGGAGCGGUUCAACCUCGAUUCGUUGACCGACGAGGACAGAGCCCACAUCGACCAGGACAUACCGUUCCCAGAAAUCCGCCUAGAGGACUCGGGCGAAGACCCGUUGGUCGAGAGCUGGGGCUUGUUGCUCCGCAAGAAGAAGCAGAGCCAGUACGAGCGCUUGCGGUUGUUGAAGCACUCAGAGGUCUCUCGCGACACCGUGGAGGAACAGGACCUCUUCAGUCUCAGGGACAAGAACGACAAGGCUGGCGAGUUGUUGUCCAAAAGACAGAUCAUAUCACGCAUGGAGGACGACAGAGAGGCCCACAAGCGGUCCAAAGAGAACCUCUGGGUGGUUCUGAGGCCGAAAGAUGUCAAUUUCAUAACGGAAGAAGAGUUCUUGAAGCAUUACUGGAGCAAAACCCACGCUAUGACAAAGAAGCAGGAAGAUGCGUUCUUGGAGACCGUGGAGGAACUCAACAAAUUGGUGGCAGGUAGCUACAAGGACAAGCAGUUUUGAAUGUCAUGUUCCAUGUGAAGCUCUUUAAAAAUACCUAAUUGACGAGCUAGAGCUUUUCUAAAGCUAACUCUAGAUCAAACCAAUACUCCUAAUUCGCAUCAGCCAUGGCACACCCAUCUUCAAUGCAUUUUCAACGUACCAUGCC